UCACGCGCAGAUUCCAAAUCUUUAACCUUCAACGACGGGGAAAAGUCGCACAUACACACACAAACACACAUCACCAGAACCUCCAUAGAACUUUCUCCCCAAUUUCACACACAAAUCCCUAAUUCUCUCUCUCUCUCUAUAACCCUCACAAUUUCACCUUAUUUAUCAUUCACGAUCCACUGAUUCCGAUCGCAAUUCAACAGUUAACCGUCGCGAUUCACGAAUUAGGGUUUCCUUUUUCAACCGAUUGGAUGAUUUUCUGGCUGUGAUGAUGACGGCGAACGUAGGGACAUCGUAUGAGUGGAAAUUCGACGGCGAGGAUGAGGAUGAAGGCUUUGUUGCGGAUGAUGCAUCGAUGAGCAUGGAUAUGGACUCGUUUAUGAGUAUUUUGGAGGAGACGAUGCCGGAGGAUUGUUCUCAGAAUGGAUUAGCUGAUCCUUCUUUAAGUACUGCGCCAUAUAACGAGUCAGCUUCAGAUGCUGGUCCUAAUGAAUACUCUCCAACCCUUGAUGAUCAUGCAGAAGCUUCAGCAGGUAGAACUGUUUGCUCAAGUGGUUCAUCUGAUUUUGAGAGACAAACAGUUAAUCACGGGGUGGUGGGACCUCCGCCAGACGUCUCCUCAGCACACCUUUCCAGUUGGACCCCUGGUGAUUGGGCGGCACCACUUCCGCCAGGUGUCUCUUCUAGCCAUUAUGACAAUAGGGAAGAUUUUUCAUCAUAUAGCCGCCACAAUGAUGUUAAUGAACCUAAAAAUGGGACCUUUGGUACUGGUGACGGUAAUGUUGAUCUCAAUUUGAUGGAUAAUUCUGGGAUGACUGAUGAAAUGUAUUCUGACGUUUUCUACAACGUGAAUGAGAAAUCUUAUAUGCCAUAUAUCAUGGACAUAAACGAACCGUAUUCUGGCACCCAAGCUGCGAUGUACAAUAGUGGAAUGUUAUUUGAUGAUAAGAUUGCAUUAGGAAAUGGUCCUUUUUUACGGAGCAGUGAAAGCUCUACCAAAAUGCCUGCUAAAGUGUCUGCCAAUGGAACUCAUUAUCCUUCUAUGUUACCAAACAAACAACACUUUAUUUCUAUAGUGGAUGAGAAACCUGAUGUGGGUACUGAAAAGUCAUUUGAUGUUGCUGAUCUGUUAACUGACAAAAACUCAUUGCCACCGUUUUACGGAAUCAACAAUUCUCACCAUUUUAGACCCUCCCAGUCGUAUGUUCAUCAAGAUGUUUUAAUUAAGAAGCAACAUGUUUCUACAAAGGAAGAAAUAGAUGGUAGAUUUUCUGCAUUUUUGCCACCAGAACUCGGCAUGCAAGCAUUCAGGAAAAAUACUACAUAUAUUGAUGUUGACGACCCUGAUAUAUGUAUUUUAGAAGAUAUGAGUGGACCUGCGGCUAGAAAACCGUCUUCUGUGGGUGGGAAAUCACCUAUUAGUGUUCCGGUAAGGCCUCCACUUGGCGUUCCUCCACUUCCCGUGGGAUAUAACAAUGCAAGAACUAAGGCAAAUGAUGAACAUAUUGUUUAUCGAGCUGCAUUGCAGGAUCUUUCCCAACCGAAGUCAGAGGCUUAUGCACCUGAAGGUUCAUUGGAGGUUCAACUUUUGAGACACCAGCGAAUUGCUUUAUCAUGGAUGGUACAGAAAGAGACUAAAAGCUUGCACUGCUUUGGAGGAAUCCUUGCUGAUGACCAGGGACUGGGUAAAACGAUAUCAACAAUUUCUCUGAUUCUGAAAGAAAGAUCUCCAUCAUCUAGUAUUAACACUGCUGAAGCGAAUAAGAUUAAGACAGAGACUCUUAAUUUGGAUGAUGACGAUGACGACGGUGAUGAUGAUGCGACAGAGCGUUAUAAAUCCAAACAAACAUUAAAUUCUUGUGUGGUGGAAAGUAAUACACAAAGUAGGCCAGCUGCAGGGACCCUAGUUGUAUGCCCUACUAGUGUUCUUCGUCAAUGGAAUGAUGAGUUGCAUAAUAAAGUAAGCAGCAAAGCUAGGCUCUCAGUUUUAGUAUAUCAUGGUCCAAACCGGACCAAGGACCCAUGUGAGCUAGCCAAGUAUGAUGUGGUCCUAACCACUUACGCAAUUGUAAGCAUGGAGGUCCCAAAACAGCCACUCGUAGAUGAAGACGACGAUGAAACAAAAAGGCGUAAUGAAUUCAAUCCUGUUGGGAAUAAAAGAAAACAUUCUACUUCUAGUAAGUCUUCCAAGAAGGGCAAAAAGGGAAUUGAUAGUGAAUUAUACGAAGUUCUUGCUAAGCCUCUUGCUAAGGUGAGAUGGUUUAGGGUAGUACUUGAUGAAGCACAGAGUAUUAAGAAUUAUCGAACGCAAGUAGCUAGGGCUUGUUGGGGUCUUAAGGCUAAACGUAGGUGGUGUUUGUCAGGGACUCCUAUUCAGAAUGCAAUUGAUGAUCUCUAUAGCUAUUUUAGAUUCUUGAGAUAUGAUCCCUAUACUGUUUAUAAAACGUUCUGCUCUACGAUCAAGUCCCCCAUUCAAAGGAAUCCUGCAAAUGGGUAUAAGAAGCUACAGGCUGUUUUGAAGACUAUUAUGCUUCGCCGCACAAAAGCUACACUGCUUGAUGGACAACCGAUUAUAUCUCUGCCACCGAAGACCAUUAAUCUGAAGAAAGUGGAUUUCACUCCUGAGGAGCGGGAUUUCUACUGCAGGCUAGAGUCUGAUUCUCGUGCUCAGUUUGAAGAAUAUGCAGCAGCUGGAACUGUGAAACAAAACUACGUUAACAUACUGCUGAUGCUUUUACGCCUCAGACAAGCUUGUGACCACCCUCUAUUGGUCAAAGGGUGCAAGCCAAACUCUGAGUGGAAGUCAUCUCUCGAUAAGGCAAAAAAGCUUCCUACCGAAACACGAAUUCGUCUCCUUAAUUGUUUGGAAGCUUCCUUAGCAAUUUGCAGCAUAUGCAGUGAUCCACCUGAAGAUGCUGUGGUGACACCUUGUGAACAUGUGUUCUGCAACCAGUGCAUACUUGAACAUCUGUCAACGGAUGAUAGCCAGUGUCCGUCUCCUAAAUGCAAAGUUGUUCUCAACACUUCAUCAAUAUUUUCCAAAUUGACACUCAAAAGCUCUAUUGAUGACGAAAUAACGGAUUUUACUGGUGUGGUGAAACAAGAGAUUAGCGACCCUUGUUCGUCUAGUUGGUCACAUAAUAUUGUGGCUUCUGAGGCACUUGAUUCCUCUAAAAUAAAGGCAGCAGUUGAGGUUCUAGAGUCUAUCGCUAAACCCCGUGAAAUAGAAACCGAUGAUAAGAAUAACGUCAAGGUUGUUAGAGAGAAAGCGAUUGUGUUUUCACAGUGGACUCGGAUGCUGGAUUUGCUUGAAGCUUGCUUGAAUAAAUCUUCCAUUGGUUACAGAAGACUAGAUGGAACAAUGUCUAUUGCGGCGCGAGAUAAAGCCGUGAAAGAUUUUAACACUCUUCCAGAGGUUAAUGUUAUGAUAAUGUCGUUGAAAGCAGCAAGUCUGGGAUUGAACAUGGUUGCCGCUUGUCAUGUGCUACUUUUGGAUCUAUGGUGGAAUCCAACAACUGAAGAUCAAGCGGUUGAUAGAGCUCAUAGGAUCGGGCAGACUCGUCCAGUUUCUGUUUUAAGGCUGACUGUUAAAGAUACUGUCGAAGAUCGCAUAUUGGCUCUUCAGCAAAAGAAGCGAGAAAUGGUGGCUUCUGCAUUCGGGGAAGAUGAGACGGGUAGCAGCCAGACUCGUCUUACAGUUGAUGACUUGAAAUACCUCUUUCAAUCAUAAUCAACAAGGUUCAUUAAUGGAUAUAUUGACUUCCAGUGAUGAUAAUUAACUAAAGCAGGAUUUUUUCUACAGUUUCUUGAUAGUUUUUCAUUAGAAGGUUAUAGAAAGAUUGAAUUCAUUUCAGAAAAUGUUUUUGGGUUUGAUCUCCAUGUAUAGGAUGAUGAUAAUGGCAUACAGCAGGAUAUAGAGGUUUCUUUUUGCAUUUUAUUUUUAUAUGUUUUAUCAUUUAUUAUCUG